GCCUCCUCUUGCUGGAGUUAUUCAGUCUUGUCACCAGCUCCACCAGACCUCCACCAUGAAAUUCGUGGCUCUAGCCCUCACCCUCCUGCUGGCCGUCGGCUCUCAGGCUGCUACCCUGCAGGCUGAUGUUCCGAAUACUCUGCAGCAUGUUCGCUCUGCUCUCGAUAUCUACCUGAAACAGGUGAAAGACACUGCAGACAAGGCUGUGGGCCAGCUCGAUGACGCUGAGUACAAGGACCUCAAGGUCGUCCUGCACCAGCGCCUGAAUGAGAUGGUCAGUCAGAUCGAGGCUUUGCGCGGUGCCGUCUCUCCCGUCACAGACAGCGUGGUCUCCACCAUCUCUGAUGCUACCGUUGACCUCCGUACAUCUAUCAUGACUGAUAUUGAAACGCUGAAGGCUGACAUUGAGGUUAAUCGUGCCAAACUGGACGAAGUUGUCAGAAAACACAUUGACGAGUACCAUGUGCUCUUGAAGCCCAUCAUCGAAGAGUACAAGGACAGGCACGCCGUUGAGAUGGAAGCCAUGAAGCUAAAGAUCGAGCCCGUGGUCAAGUCCCUCCGCGAAAAGAUUGCUGUCAACGUGGAGGAGACCAAGAACACCCUGGAGCCCAUUGUGGAGUCUGUGCGUGCCAAGCUCACUGAGCGUCUGGAGGGUCUGAAGGACCUGGUCGAGCCCUAUGUGGAUGAAUACAAAGAGCAGGUGAAAACGGUCUAUGCACAGGCACAAUCCAUCAACGCUGAACAGCUCCAGAGUGUGAAGGACAAGAUUCAGCCUUUAACUGACGAUAUCAAACUCAAGCUACAGGCUGUCUUUGGCAUCUUGGCAGAGACCUUCGCCGCCAAGGAAUAAGUCAUCUCCAAACUUCAUGUUUCUCUCCAUUUCCUCUGUCAACACCAAUGCCUGAGUGAUGCACGUCACUGCAGCAGAAACAAACGAGCGGACUCCCGUCCUCCUCUCUCCAAAACAAACACCCUCUUUUAGGUGCGCAUGCUCAAGCACAUGCAAGCAAAAACAAAGACAGACACAUGCUUUGCUCUCCACGUAUGCCAAAGCCAGCUGCUUCCACUGAGCGCUGGAAUCGUACGUGAAUGUUCACAAACUGCAGAGCUUGUGUGUCGUGUACUUGUUUGAUGGAAACUGUGUUUUGACAAAAUUCACCUAAAUAAACAUGGUAUUCAUAUACAA